GUGCUACACAAGACAAAGCCUACUACUACCUUCGUCUUCUUCGUCCGCAUCAAAUCAAAAUUCCUCACCCCUUUUGUUUCUGUACAUGCUCUGUAUCAAAACCUCCAAAUUCACACUUUUUUUUUAUCUCCAAAUCAGUCACAUGCAUGUAUUAAUAUUAUCAACCAAAACCCAUCAAAUCCAAUCCCAUGAUGGACGUAAACGAAUCCCCAAUCGUCAACAAAUUCUUCAAAAAACCAUCAUGGGUCUUUCCGCUGCUUCUCUUCACCCUCCUUGUUAUUCUAAGCCUCCAAGUCACCCAAAACGGGUCCGGGUUUUCAGCCCGACCCGUUUCCUACCCGGGUAUUCCUUCUCCCGGGUCGGGUACGUGUGACGGGUCGGUGCCCGUAAGGGCUGUGAAGAUGUCGAUUGUGGAAUUUGGUGGUGUUGGUGACGGAGUGACGUCGAACACGGCGGCGUUUGCGGCGGCGAUGAGGUGGAUGAAGGGGUUUGUAGGGAGAGGUGGGGCCCAGUUGAAUGUUCCUAGAGGGAAGUGGGUUACUGGAAGUUUUAAUCUUACUAGUGAUUUUACGUUGUAUCUUGAAGAUGGGGCUGUUAUUAUGGGCUCAGAGGACAUGAAAGAAUGGCCUAUAAUUGAGCCAUUACCUUCCUAUGGAAGAGGAAGAGAGAGAUUGGGAGGGAGACAUAUAAGCCUAAUUCAUGGUGAUGGUCUCACUAAUGUUGUCAUUACAGGGCAAAAUGGAAAUAUCGAUGGAAACGGUAAGAUGUGGUGGGACCUAUGGUGGAACCGGACUUUGAAACACACUAGAGGCCACCUUGUUGAAAUCAUGAACUCAAGAAACAUACUCAUUUCGAACCUUACAUUUCGCAAUUCGCCAUUUUGGACCAUUCAUCCUGUUUACUGCAGUAAUGUUGUGAUAAAAGACAUGACAAUAUUGGCUCCACUUAAUGCUCCAAAUACUGAUGGUAUAGACCCAGAUUCAUGCACAAACGUCUGUAUCGAAGACUGUUACAUCGAGAGCGGGGAUGAUCUCGUAGCUAUAAAAAGCGGGUGGGACCAAUACGGGACAUCGACGGCCCGCCCAAGCUCCAACAUCAUUAUCAGACGCGUAUCGGGAACAACCCCGACAUGUUCAGGUGUCGGGAUCGGUAGUGAAAUGUCAGGCGGCAUUUCAAACAUCCGAGUUGAAAAUCUUCACAUUCGAAACUCAGCAGCCGGUAUUCGAAUAAAAACCGACAUAGGUAGAGGUGGGUAUAUUGAAAACAUAACCGUUACAAACAUUACAAUGGAUAAAGUUAAGGUGCCUUUAAGGUUUAGCCGAGGCGCGGAUGACCACCCGGAUAACGGGUGGGACCCGCACGCGCUUCCAAGGGUAAAAAACAUAUUUAUAACUAAUGUGGUUAGUUAUGAUUCUAGAAAGGCCCCUGUGUUGCAGGGGAUUGAGGGUGCACCAUUUGAAGGAAUAUGCAUGAAAAAUGUUACAUUACUUGGGUUACAAGAAACCAUGCAAUGGAACUGUGAACACAUUUCGGGUUUCGCUAAUGAUGUUUCGCCUGCACCGUGUUCGUUGUUGCAAAGAAACGCAUCGGUGACUUGUACAUAGGAGACAAUAGGAAAAGCCAUACUUGUUGAUGGUGUACAAUCUGUCAAUGCAUUGAUGAGUUGUACCGUACAAUUAACCGGCCAUUGCUCGGAAGAAGCAUUGUUGGCUGGAAGCCGGGUACACCGUAUAGCGGGCAAUGGUUUAUGUAGGACGGUUGGACUUCAAAUCCUGCAGUGUGCAAUGAUGUUAAAUGGUGUGUUGCACGACCAAAAAGUUGGGAGUUCAAAUCAUGCACAGUGCAGAUAGUGAGUAGUGUAUUUAUUUUAUAAACGAUAUUAAAUGUAUUUAUUGGUAAUUUAAAGUCUUUAGAUUAGAAUAAUAUAACAUUAACACAUACAUGUAAUUUCUUUUCAAAUAUAUGGUCUUUUUGUUUUACAUAAAGUUAAAAUUUGAUGA